CCUUUGUUGCGCGGCUCUGUCAGCCAUUUUACGAAGAGCAGUCGGUGUAGGACAGACGGUGGUGUGACUCUUAGUCGCUGAGUUUCUACUGUUUGUACCACUGAGUGUAGUUUUAUAUUUACUGAAAUCUAUUUAACGGUUUUUACGCCCUAAAGCUCCAGCCAUGUCUCGGGACCGGUUCAGGAACAACCGCGGAGGAGGAUUCCAGCCACGCGGCCGCGGUGGGAUGGGGAUUGGAGGAGGGAUGCGCGGAGGAAUGGGGAUGGGGAUGGGGAUGAGAAUGGGAAGUCCGAAUUUCCGCAAUCAGAACAAUCCUCAGUUUCCCUUUCAGAACCGCGGCAACCAGAUGAGCGGCGGUUUUAAACAGAACCAGGGGAAUCAGCAGAACCAGGGGAAUCAGCAGAACCAGGCGCAGACUCCUAAACAGACCACCCCCCAGAAACAGGACGGAGCUAACGCCGCACAGAAGCCCGAGAUCAAAUCUCCCCCACCAUCAACACCACAGCCACAGCAGAAGACUCCACAGCCACAGGAGAAAACACCACAACAGCAAACUCAGCAGCAGCAGCAACAGAAGACCCCGCAACAACAACAGCAGCAGCAACAGAAGACCCCACAGCAGCAACAGCAGCCAAAACCGCCGCAGCAGCAGCAAGGCCCGGCCCCCCAACAGAACAAACCCCCGGCACAGCAGACCCAGCAGCCGCAGGUCGGUAACGCAGGUCCGCCGAAACUGCAGUCGCCUCCGCCCAAAAACACCAACAUGAAGCAGGAGCAAAUAACCCCACAGAACCAGGCCCGAAAACCUCCACAGAGACCAAACGCUGGAAACAACCAGAAACCGCCCCAGGCUGAGCAGGAGUCGGCCUCGCACACGGAGUUGAAGGCGAAGCUGUCAAUGCUGCGCAAACCUGGAGAGAAGACCUACACACAGCGAUGCCGUUUGUUCAUUGGAAACCUGCCCAAUGAUAUCACUGAGGCAGAGUUCAGAAAGCUGUUUGCAAAGUAUGGAGAGCCCAGUGAGACCUUCAUCAACCAGGGCAAAGGUUUUGGAUUCAUCAGACUGGAGUCCCGUGCUGUAGCUGAGAUCGCAAAAGCUGAACUGGAUGACAUACCAAUGAAGGGCAGACCACUAAGGGUUCGCUUUGCAACUCACUCUGCUGCUCUGUCUGUGCGCAACCUGUCCCCCUUUGUCUCCAACGAGCUGCUCGAAGAGGCGUUCUCUCAGUUUGGUCAAGUCGAGAGAGCCAUUGUCGUUGUCGAUGACCGCGGACGCUCAACUGGAAAGGGAAUUGUUGAGUUUGCCACCAAGCCUGCGGCACGGAAGGCACUUGAUCGGUGUGCCGAUGGCGUCUUCCUGCUUACCUCGGCACCACGUCCAAUUGUUGUUGAACCAUUAGAACAGUAUGACGAUGAGGAUGGUCUGCCAGAGAAGCUUGCCCAGAAGAAUCCAAAUUAUCAGAAAGAGAGAGAGCAGCCUCCACGCUUUGCUCGACCGGGUACCUUUGAGUUUGAAUACUCCCAGCGUUGGAAGUCCCUUGAUGACAUGGAGAAACAACAGAGGCAGCAAGUUGAGAAAAAUAUCCGCGAGGCCCGUGAAAAACUGGAGGCGGAAAUGGACGAUGCCUAUCAUGAGCAUCAAGCUAAUUUACUUCGCCAGGAUCUUCUCAGGCGCCAGGAGGAGCUGCGACGCAUGGAAGAGAUGCAUAGCCAGGAAAUGCAGAAACGGAAAGAGAUGCAGCUAAGACAAGAGGAGGAACGCCGUAGACGUGAGGAGGAACUGCUUCGGCAGAGGGAGCUGGAGGAGCAGAUGAGGCGCAAGCGUGAGGAGUCCUACAGGAUGGGUGGCUUCAUGGAUAAUAGGGAGAGGGAGAUGAGGAUGAAUGCUGGAAGUGGUCUUGGGAUGGCAGAUAUGCCUUUUGGCUCCUCCAACCAGAAGUUUCAGUUGUCUGGAAUGAACUUUGACGGUCACCAGGGAAUGGGUGGAGCAGGAGCAGGGGGCAUGGUGCCCAAUGAAAUGCACCAUGAGCGUUUCUCUCAAGGUGGCCCUGGAGGUCCUAGGGGGAUGGGUCCUGGCAAUGCAGGAUUUGGCAGGGUCCGUGAGGAAUUCGAUGGACCUGCCAAGAAGCCACGCUUCUGAUCUGGCACUUUUAUAUUAUAGAGCUCAUGUUUGGAUUCCCAGAGGUUCUGGGGUCUUAAUGUAUUUAAGUUUAAAAUGUUUCUUUACAGUUUUAGACUCAAAAAACGUACCCUGUUUGUGGCAAUGUUUUUUUGUAAGUUGUAUGUUUCAAGUUAAAGUAGUGAACUGCUCAGCGGGAGUGAUCUCUUGCUUAGUUUAUCUUAUGUACACUCUUACUUAUAUCAUGCAAUGUUACUUGUUAUGCUGGUAAUUCUUGUAAGUUGUUUUGAUCUCUAUGGCCGUGUUCUAUGCCAUUCAACGUUUUUGAAGUAAUCCAUGUAAAUUUACAAUAAAGCGUCCAGUUGGUUCUUUAAACUCCACAUAAGCGUUGUUGGCGCAGUGUUUGACUCAAAUCUAAAAAUAUUCUCUAAGCUUAUCUAAGAAAUGUUCAAAAUGCAAGGCCUAAAAUCUAUUUAUAUUGUUGUGGCCAAUUUAUGCUUCUGCGUCGAAUCUACACCGUAGCCCACAUGGACCCUGCGGCAUAGCCUCUUCGGAAAUUUAAAUGUGCGAUGUGGCAUUGUGGAACACAGUAACUGUGAUUGGUUUACCAAGCUUCGUGUUCCAGCCUUCAAAUUCCUACUUCACUGUUAAAACAGAGAUGAGUAGGUAUGAACACAUGCAAGUGUUAACUUGCUACACUUCAGGCACUGUGUUGACUCGACACAGAAGUAUAAAUCAGCCUAUAGAAUAGGGAUCACACUAGUAGGGGUGUUGAUUGGCGUUUUGUACUAAAACGAUGAUUGGGAUGCAUUAUGUUUUGUCUGAUAAAUACAGCAAGAUUUGAUAUACAUGGUUUCUGUCUGAGACAACCAUGUCCACCUGAACCGAUCUUCUACUGCUUCCAUCUAUGUAGUAGAUUGCCUCUCAUAUGCUUAUUUUAGCAAUUGAUCUUGAACCAAUGAAAGCAGAAUGCAUUUUCACAUUUCGGAAAUAAGAUAUUGCACUGUAUUGUCAGGACAAACAAAAUAAUUGUAUUGUGAAAUUUGUAUCGCACCCCUACUAUAAAAUUAAUUAAUUAAUUCUAUAUGACAUUUUUGAUCCUACAUGUGGCUUUAUAAUUGACUUUAUAAUUAAUUACAUUUUGUAGUAAUGAUUUAAAUGGGUUUACAUUUUUAACUUUGAAUUUAUUUACAGUAUGAUUUUGGCUUAUACAUGUGGGAUGGGCUGAUUAAACUGUUUAGUGGUGGUUGGGUAGUGUAACUCCUGCUAAUGUAGCUGUAAGGGAUACAAAGACAACUAAAUCUUGUGGUGCUGAUCAGCACCAAUACAGAAUAAUUUGACCAGUUUUGCCAUACAAUUUCUUUGGUGAGUCCUAUGUCCAUAAUGUUAAAACAUAGUUGUGAGAAAUUUAAGAUGGCUUUAGAUAAAUCCACAAUUAGCAACCAUGUUGUGGAAAUCUCAAAUUUAAUCCUGCUGGAAAUAGGAAUGCAGCGAUUUAAAAAUCAACCAGUUCAUUGAUUAAAAAACAAAUAAUAAUUCUUAAUGGAAACCUUGCAUGCAGCGACAUUUUACUUAUUUAUUCAAAUCACAAUAUUGCAGCCCUCACCUUUAAUGUUCUAUCAUGUUUAACUUAUUUUGGAACAUCUGAAUUUAUAGAUUUAAUGCAGAAAGCAACUAUCCUCCAGUGCAUCAUUGCUAUUGCAUACAUGCUCUGACAGGUUAUAAACACCAACCUAAGCCCAAAUUAAGAAACGUGUAGAUAAUUGUAUAAUAGUAAAAAAAAGAAAAGAAAAAAAGAAAUAAUUGAUCCUAGUACGGAUUCACCAUGUUAAUUCUUCUCUGUACUAAACAUUUUUAUUGAUCUUUUCUCUGAGAAAGUAGUGGGCAUAAUUUAUACACAAUUAUCUAAAAAAUAGUUUUCUUUCUAGACAGAGAGACCUAAAAGAACAAAAGUAUCACUGCUGCUGUUUGUUGGUGCUUUUUGUUUUUCCUCCCUUAACAGGCAACUGUUCUUUUCUGUGGACCUCUCAACUUGUGGCAGUUACCCGCACAGUCACGAUCAACAGUGUUCUGAAGUGGCUUCAUUAGUGUAGCAAUGUAGCCUCAUAACAUGGACAAUGCAAGUUCUGUGUGGUUUCCUUUCAGAACAUAAAUCUUAAAUUAAUUUUCCUUGGAGUUUUUUUGGACAUUUUUGGGACAUUUUCAUUUUUUGUAUUUUUGAUGAUCAUUUUGAGGGUUUUCAGUAAUCAGUUUGUAUAUUUUGGAAAUUGUAGUAUUUUUCUUUUUACUUUUUUCUUUCAGGUUUUUUUUUCUCUCUUUUUUUGACAAUAAUAUAAGCUCUGUAGGGUUUUUUCCACAUCUUUGGCAGAAGUACAUUCUAUUAGGUGGUAAGUAACACAUUCAUUACCCCCAAAAAAUAAUUAGUUGUAACUUGUGUUUUUGACCACACUGAUUCUUAGCCAUAUUUACAACCAGUGUGGUAUACACUAACUUUUAUUUGGAUUGUUGGAGUAGAGAAAACACUUCAAGUAAAGGGGCAUUUGAGAACCAAGAUCAGGAAGCAAGCAAAUAAAGGAUAAGCAAACAUCAGUAAGAUGUUGAGCUGCCAGUAACAAACUUGCUGUGCAUUGGCAUAGAUCCUGUCGUUCUCUUAAAGUACCCAAAGGAUAAAAGGGAGCACUGUGCGAAGGCUAUUGCACACUGUGCAUUCUUCACCCAGCAUCACAAAAAACAUUGUUUUGGUGAAGGAGCACUAAUCGAGCACAUACGCACCCACACACUGCACCAGAGCAUGCUGUUCAGUAUUUAAAUGCUUUUGGGUUUAAUUUAACACCGUUAUCAUACAACACACAACUGGCAUCAUAAGCCUUAAUAUUUACAUAGCUGCUCUUUAAUUUCCAUACAUGUACAAGCAUCACACAUGCAUGCCUUUCAUUACAAUUUAUUUAUUUAUUUAUUUAUAUAUUUUUUUUUCAUUUGUUUUUCGUGUCUAAUUAGUUGACACUUCUCUGUUGCCUAGUGAACACAUUUUUUAUUGAUCUUUUCCAUCUUGAUGUGAAAUCUCACAUCUGAAGACAUUUUCACUACAUCUAAUCAUACAUAUGCAUGUCAUGGCAAUGUGAGGCUUUCAAUACUUUAACUUGUUCUUUUUUUGUGCUGAAAGGAGUGUACAUGUUAUCCAAUAGAGGAAAAGGACACCUAUUGUUUGACAAAACAUUCCAUAGCAAGUUGUACUUUGACCAGGGGAUCUGGCACAAUCAUGUUAUUGGUAGAAUUUAGUUAAACUUCUUGCUACCAUCACUGUGCUCAUUUUGUUGUUGGGGUUGAACACUUUAUGCCUACAUUGCAGUCAUCUUUAAGAUGGCUUUUUCCUCCAUGUGGUCAGCUGCAAACUCUAGUCGAGCUUGGCUGUUAAUUUUAGAGGAGCUUUCCUACUGCUACAAAUGUGAAAAAUAGCCAUUUUCUACAGUGUUUUAAAUUAAAGCAUGUGCCUUGAUUUAACUCAGCUAGGGGUUGAGCAACAAGGCCUAUGGGGUCUUCCAGAUGAUCACCUUUACCAUUUAACUACUCGUGUACAGUUUAUUUUAUUUUCAAAUUACAGACUACACCGUCCCAGUGUAAACAAAAGAUAACCACAGUAAGUAAAAUGCAUCGGAAAAGAACAGCUUGGACAUUGAAAGCCCAAUAUUGCCAUGACAUUCAUGGUUGUGAUUGUGUAAACGUCUUAUCACAUGUAUAUGCAUCUUGUGAAGAGGUAAGCCCUUUAAAAAGUAUUAUUUUUCAUUAUACUAACAAAUUUUAAUUAUUAGACCCGUCUCAGUUUUUGAGAAUCGGUCCAUACCAGAAGCUCGUUUUGGUUCUAGAUCAUGACCAUUUGUAUUUGUUGAAUAGGUAGUAGCCCUCUUUAAGGCCAAGCCUUAAGAGUAUUUUAGCCCGUGUUUACCUAAUUUUAGCAUUAAAGUAUAUAGUGGUGUCUUCAGACAACGAUGAAAAAAGGGGCACGUAAAGGCUUUUGCUUGAGGCAGAUGAGCAAGACUUCACACAUGGUGUGCAAACCGCUGCACAUUCUAUGUAGGGCUGCAACGAUUAGUCGAAAUAAUCGAUUUUAACUACAAAUUUCAUUGUCGACUUAUCGUUAAUUUGUAAGAGUCCUGCAUUACACAAAGUGCUGGGGACAAGUGCUCAAACACAACAGGUUAUAUAUUUAUUUAUAUAUAACAACAUACAGACAAUUAAAUGCCUUUUAAAUCGUAUGUUCAUCUGUUUUUAUUGUUUUUAGAGAUGAACAUGGCAGAAAUAAUCGUUGACUAAUCAAAAAAAUAAUUCAGAUUAGUUGACUACCAAAUUGAUCAUUAGUUGCAGCCCAAAUGCUAUGAGCGUUUGUAUGUGCCACUUAUAUUUAUACAUUUUUCAUCAAAACACUGGGUGCAGCGCAAAGAAAUGCCAAUGGAAAGACAGCUGAAACAAUAAAUUUGGAAAUGCACGGCCAUAAUACGCCGCCAUAGCUUUGGGCAGAAACCACCAUAGUUCUUUUUGGCACUCUCGCAAUGACUUGCAAUGAUUCAGUUAUAAACCCAGGUUUUUUUUUUAUUUAUAUAUAUAAUCAAAAAUGAAAAACUAAAAAUCUGCAUGUAAACAGUUUACAAUACACAGUCGCCUUUUUUGUGAACUGUUUUAAAAUGUUAACUGAAAAGACUAAUUCUUACACCAAAGGCAAAAGCUUCAGAAACAACGAAGAAACCACCAAAGACAAGAAAUUGUCAAAGAAAGGUAACCUCACAUAUACACCCUGUCUGUGUUACAUUAACUACUGUCUCCUGUCCUGAACUGGUACACCACAAUUGUCAGUUGCACAUAAUCGUACUAUUACUAUCCAGAUGUAUAAAACAUUUUGAUGGCUAAUAUUCUUACCUACAGAAAUGUGUAUGUCUGAAAUCCACUCUGGUGCUAAGGUAAUGACAAACAACUUUCAAACUAACUUAAGCAUAACUUUAAAUCUUGGGCUGCUGUUUUGCACUGUCCAUGUGGCUUAGUGGCAGUUUGACUGGCGUUUAAAUCUAGCUCAGGAAUUCUUGUGGAGCAGUGGCAAUCCUUACUGCCUUCACAAUGCUGACCAUUGUAUUGUACUUAGUUUUGCGCCUAAGAUUUUGACAUCAGUAUGUGAGGGAUUGGCUUUCCAAAGAUAACGAAGUGACCUUGAGUAUUUUCAAAUGUGCCUGUCUUAGGAACGGCAAAUUGCAAAAUAAAUCUACUAACGAAGCUUGUUCUUUUCUCAGAGACCUAUAUACUUCUGGGGUUUAGAAGAGUUUCUGGCAGAACAGUAUACAUUUCCCCACAUUUGUUGAUUUAAAUUUUAAUUAUUUGUAUUGUGUUUUUACAGUUUUAAAUGUGCAAGACUUGAUAUGCACAGCCUAUAGCCAUAAACACUCACAAUAAGGUGUAAAAUGCCAGUGUAAUUUGUAACGCAUAACAAUCUGCAUUCUUAGCAUUGCAGUGUAGGGGGUGCUACAGAGACAAAGACCUGGCCAAGUUGUCUUUGUACUGCUGGGUACUUACUCCAAGUCAGCUGUUGUGGGAGACACGACAAUCAAUGUUGCUGAGCUACCUCGCUAAUGUGAAGAUCACUAGUGCACUACGAUAAACACGUUUUGUAAAACAGUAUCAUGGUCAAAGAUUUUUGGGCAUGACCCAGACAAGUGUGGCUCAUUUGGUUUUGUAAAAUUAUGAAGGAAAAUAUAAUAUCCUGCAGUGUUAAAUUGCAUUGCUUGAUAAAAUAGUUGUACCCAUUUAACACUGCUGUGAUUGCCAAGCAAUACUGCUCAGCAGCAAUUGCAUUUACGUGCUUGUAUGUUGAAUAUUCGAUAACGGUUAAUGUAAUCUGACCAGUCUGAUUCUAAAUCAAAAACUAAAAGUAUUAAUAAAUAUAAUAUAUAAAUAUUGGUCUCUUAAGCUGUUGAGAUGGCUUUGUGUAUGAUUUCUUUGCAGAUGUGUGCCAAAGUAACUUUCGACACAUUUGCAAAACAUAUCUAAUUGUUCAUUUUCUUAAAAUGUAAUAAAAUUGCUGGAAAACUGCAAGUUUGUUCUAAAAAUAAACAUGAAAAACAGCUACUUCAAUAUUUUCCUAAACCGUUUUUCUAAUAUGUAAUUAAUGGGUGAAACAGUAUAUUCAGGUGGGAAAUUGAGCAGUACAGACAUGAAGGCAAAUGUUAUAAAACUAAUUGUGUGCCCAGAUAAAUUGACAGGUCUGGCAAGAGCGUGAUCUCCAGUGAUUAUAUAGAAGUUUGUCUUUGGCUAGUUGAUUUGGCAAUGUAAUACUUUUCCUACCUAAACUUUAAAAUGAAUUUACGAAGGCAAUUACGUUUUAAUUAAAGGUUAUGGAAAAGCAACAAUUUCUUAAAAUGGGAUUUGGAUCAUAAUUACAUUUUGGUUUCAGGCUAACAUUAAGAGACUCCUCUUCGCAACGGAAUUAUUCUGAAUGUACUGCUGCAUAUGCAGGCUCAGCUGCCAGUUAAAAAUUAAAUUAUGGACUUUCAGAAUGAAUGUAUGGUGCAUGCUUGCUCAGCUGGAUCUACCUUUCUAUGAACACAGCAGAACUUACAGAAUGUUGAUUAUGCUUGAUCAGUAUCUGGCAGCUUUAGCUAGAAACUCCAGAAUUCAGCUGUGCAUUUGGUGAAUUUUGUUAUCUGAUCUAGUAUAAUUAAAACUAGGCUUAAUAUGUUCUGAUCUGACCUGUGCAGUAGCCACACCUUAGGUGCACACUUUAUGGGCCAGCCGCCCCACAUUCCUCGAUAAUUCUAAUGUGUUUAAAAACAUGGCUGUUUAAGCCUUUUUCUUAGUUGUAUUUAGAGUUAAUUGCUAAAUUAUUCAGUAAACUUGACUGACUAAUGCAAAAGAAGUCAAUCAUGCUUAUAAACAAUUGUUUAAAAGUGAGUUUGGAGAUAAAUAUACCCAUGCAUUAUUGUAUCUGAUUAAGACUUAAUUCUGCUAUAGAGUUACCUUUUUUACUAUUGGAAAACCUCAAUCUAUCCCAUACAAAUACACAAUUACUUACUGAUGUCCUUACUUGAUUUACUAAAGUUACUGCUUUAUUACUCCAUAUGGUGGCGCUAAUCAAGUGAAAAUAUUGUUUGAAACUGAUACCAAUAAAUACAUAAAUUGUUAGGAUUUGCUUAAUUAGGAGUAUUUUAUAGUUUUCAGUAAUGCAAAUGCCGCCAAGUAUCGUACACAAUUGUGCAUUGUAUAUUGAGUAUUGCAGAGACACAGUAUUAUAAUGUCUUGGGCACUGCAUUGUAUUUUGAAAUGCCCUGUGACUUUCACCUCUAUUAUACAUCCUACCAGAUAAUUACUAACUUGCAACAUUAAGUUUCAUGCCCUCAUUAGAUUAUUUACAGCCAGUAGGGAGUAAACGUUGACAGUUCGUGCACAUUUAUUUGCCUUAAGAGUUGACCUAGCAAAUUGCUCUUUUAGUAUCAUGGAAAAUAAUUUUGUGGCCAUUUAUGCCAUGUGGCUAUGGCAUAGUUUACGUUUCACACUUAAGAUAAUGUGCAGUAAAUAUAUAUUUUACAGUAUAUAAAAAAUAUUUUGCCCUCCACUUACUCUACAAUAUGUAAGCUCAACUGGCACAAGUAGUGCACACAUGCUGAAUCCUAAUAGAAUUCAAAGUAUUAUACGCAUUGGGCAAAUUUCAUUCAUGUGACAGCCGUAGUAUUCAUUUGUUUAAGAAAGUCUCACACUGUCUUGUAACAGUGUUACACUACUGUUACAAGAAAGUAUAUCUUACUGUUAAGUGCCACGUUGUAUUACUUUACCCACAACACAAAAGAAGACGGUCAAUAUGUAACAAUCAAUCCAUUCCUAUAAGGUCAGUGGAAAUUGAUGCGACUCUGAGAGGAGAGCCUGUCUCUGUGUCUGUAAUGUGAAUGGCAUGUAUGAUGGAUGGUGGUGCUGUAGCUGAGCAGUAGCGGCCAGUGUCCAGCUUGCCCUGCUCCACAGUUGAGACUCCAGCAGUUGGUUACAGUGAGGAUGGUAGUGCUACAGAACAGUGGACAGUUGAGCCUGGACUUGUUUACGUCAAAAGGUUUGCUUGCAUAUCAAGAAGAGGUAAGUGCACAUGUCUUUUGUUUAAUAAGGGUGAAGAGGCAGGACCGCUUGGGCUUCCUGAAUCACAUCACAUGCUGAUGUUACUGGGGUUAUGGCAUCACACUUCUGAAAAUGGAUUCACAGUGCAGAAAUGUUUUUGUCCUAUGGACUCAGUAUGGAAAACAACUGUUUACAUCUUGUAGCUGGUGUACAAUGCAUAAACAUUUCCCUAUGAACAGCAACAAACCGAUAAAUGUCUGGUAGUUAAGGAGUUGCUGAACAUUUCAUGUGAAGUGUAUAAAAUGAACAUGACUGGGGUGGGAUGGCAAUGUACAAAUAUGCUAAAAAAAAAAAAAAAAAAGGUAAUGUUUAGGAAAGCACUGCAUCGUUCUCUGCAAAUGUACACUUCUGAGGUGGCUGAGGGUGGGGACUUGCGCUGUACUGUAGACCUCAUCUUGAAUUAGAUCUGUGUUUAGAUUAUUCCUGCAAGCUGCCUAAAUAUUUGCACUUUGUGGACUUGUACUUUCCUUUUUGGACUUCAUCCGACCUGCUUUAUGAUCCUCUGUGGCACAUUUAAACAUUAUAGUAAACUUGCUUUUAUAGCUUACUUGGACUUUAAUGUUCUAUUUGAGUCUGAAGGAAUUCUUGACCUGUAUGUUCUUUGAAGUACUUGUCUGUGAGUUUUUACACAACUCUGUCUGAAAGCUGAUAUCUUGCAUCACUAACACUAUUCACACUGUGUACGUCACUCAGGUUUGGUACAUUAUCAGAACACAGCAGAGCAAACAAACUAUCCUGAUGAUGCACAACAGCACACAAUGCAGACUGCUUUUAACAAUGGCCAGAAGUACAGCAGCAACAGUUGAAAAGCUAAAAGUAUUGUCCAAAAUGCUGGAGAUUGUGAGCAGCUCUUUUUAUCCGUUUCCACAUUGAGCUCCACAGUGUAGAUCUGCAAAGGGUGCUCUGAGUUUCACAGCAUUUAAAAUGUUUGAGUAACUUAAUCUUAAGAGAUGUAUGGCACAUUACAGAGAGGAGGUGGUCUUAGUCCAAUCCCAAACAAACUGGAGAGGUUUGCUUUUGGUGAUGUGAUCUGGUCUUGAUCAGAAGCUAAACAGUUUAAUCUGAUAUUUGCCAGAUAUAGCAAAUUAUCACAGUCAUAACCAAACGCUGUCUGUGCUGCGUUCACUACUCCCAGCUUCGUAUACAUCUAUGUGUACAAUCGCGCUGCACGUAUUGUUGGAAACAGAUAUACGCGCUGGAACACAGGAUCUUAUUGCUAUAUUCACUUUCCUGCUUCUGUGCCAGACAGUUCAGACCAGUCAGAGAAAACUGUUUAUUCAAAUAUUUUGCCCUCUUUUUACAAUUUUUUUUUUAACACUAAGCCUCCAUUAUCAAUAGGAUGCACUGCAGUAGUUGUGGCGCACAUUUAUUUAUAUUUAAAUUUAUUUAAAUCACAAGACUUAACAAUUAUCAAAAGGCACAAAAUAACCAAUUGAUGCCAAUGUCAAUUUAAAUAUCAAGUAUACAAUUCACAAAAAGUACCCUUUUAAAAAAUAGUUUUGCUAAUUAAGAGUACCUUACAGGUUGAUUAGAUAUGCAGAUUGAUAAGUAGAUCAGCCUUCACAUAUAUUGUGAUGCCAACUCUGAAAUAAAUGUAGAUGACCAGGCAGCCUCUGGUGCAAGGUGUUGCUAUUUUUGUAUCAUGUGUUCUUUCCUGAUUCUCCAUGACAAAUCUAGCUUAAUGCUUUAAACCUACCAAGUGUGUUUUAGCCAACAUGUCGUUUGUCAGAAGCCUACAAUUCCUAUUCAACUUGACUGUGUGACUGUGUUCACUAUUCCUAUUGCUGCUUGUCUCCAUGGACAGUUUCUACUAAUUUCACUCAUUUUAGUAACCCACAACAUGGUGUUUUAAAAUGUCUGGCGUAUGUUGUAUUAAACAGUGUUUGGUGUAUGUAUCCCCAGUGUAGGGGGUACAGUCGCUUUGUAAAGCAAAUACUGGAUUAGCAUCAUGGCUGUCCAGGUGUGUGUGUCUAUCUGCACUGUGAUCCAUUUCCUCAGUCUCUGUGGUUAGUUAACUGACCUUUACUGCACCUUUUAUGAAGUGUGAUGCCAGAACUUCCACCUUUUUCUCUAAUUGCUGCCUGUGAAUAGGCAGACUUAAAUGCAACCCAUCAGGAUCUACACUACAGAACCCCAGAAAGAACUGUGCAUGAGGUGAUAUGGUCUAAUAAUAUAAUUAGUGGGCUGUAACUUACACUUCCCACAUUUACUUUUGUAAUCAGUUUUUCAGCUCGACAUGAGUCAACACUUUUCUUUCUUUUAUUAGAAGCAAACAGGCUAAAUGUUUCCUCUUUAUGUAUUUAUAAAUAUAUAAACAUAAACAUUAAAUAUAUAAAUAUAAACAUUAUAUAUUUAUGUUCACACAAUCAGUAAUUAACCACUUGAAAUGUGUAAGUAGUCAAAGUAGAAUUAGUUCUUUGUGUAAAGUACGAAAUAACAGAAUAGAUCCAGCUUUUAUCUACAUUAUCUUAGUUGUGUGAAUGAUCUGUGCUCUCAGUUUUGCUUGUUUGCUUACUAUCUGUUUCUCGCUGCAGGGGCAUCGAGUGGUGGACGCAGGGUAACCGCCAAACCUUUUGCAAAUAAGAUCCUCACAGCACACGUUAGUACUUUUCUUCAAACCUACUCUAUAGGUUGUUGGAGAAUAAAUGUAAUCUGAGACAGCACUCAUUGAGGCUCUCAACCACACACUCCUUAUGAAGAAGAAACCUAAAGGGAGAGUGACAGAAUGUAUUGGACAGCAGAAGGAUAACCGUUGUAUUUUGCAAUGCUUCAAGUCACCUGUUAGAUUACGAUCGGAUUUUAUUAUUUAUUUAUUCUUUUUUUUUGGACAUAAACAGUUGGAGGUGAACAACUGUUCCCAUUGAUUUAUAACGAAGGAAAUUAAAUUCCAUCUGUUCCAAUACUUUACAACUUAUCUUUACACGUAUCUGUGCUAUGUUGUCCACAACAGGUUAAAUUCUGGGGGUUGUGUUUCACUUUUAUCACUGUUGUAUCUGGAGUUGCCGUUAAUUCUGGCGCCGAUCCAGUGUAGAGGUCAGGAGCAUGCAAGCUGAUAGCGCCGAACACAAGGUUCUGUGAAUGUGGGUCAAUAGUCCUGUCUGACCUGCAUUACACAGUGGCCAGCUAGGGUGUUUUGUAAAAGGUUUGUAAAAUAAAGAUUGUUUUUACCAUC